CGUCACCGUUAUUUAGUUCUUCGGUCGAUGACGUGAGAGUUUACGGAAGUGUAUCGGUGCCGUACCAGAAGGAAAAUAAAGAAAAACAACCACCGCGAAUCUUCUCGUGGAAAUAAUACGGACUUGACGUCCCCGCUGGCGGUGCUCGUGCGCCACGCCGCUUCGUUUGUGUCCACGAAGAAGAGCGACCUUUCCUGUUGACGGAUGGCCACCGGCGCCUUUAGGCCAAUCAGAACGCGCCUAGGCUCGGUCGCCGGCUAACGUCGUCCUCGGGCCGCCGGAUCGCCGGUACCGCUUCUUCCCGCUGUCGCGCCGACGCUCGCGUCUUUUUUUUCUUUUUCUUUUUCCUUAGACGCGUCCGCGCGGCCGGCUGCGUUUUGAGCCCGGUCCCGGAACCCGCUCCGCGUGACGUCAGGCGGCCGAGCGGACCCGACCUGAGGCGGGAUGAGCCAUGGCAUCGGUUCGGGUGGCUGUUCGGGUCCGACCCAUGAACAGACGGGAGAAGGACUUGUCGGCCAAGUGCGUCAUCAAGAUGGACGGCGCCAAAACGUCCAUCACCGACCCCAAGCUCUCAGAAGGCGCGGCUGGGGACCCCGGCAGGGAUCCCGCCAAGACCUUCACCUACGACUUCGCCUACGACUCGGGCGGCUCCGGCUUAGCGACUCAGGAGAAGGUCUUCCUCGACUUGGGCCGCGACGUGCUGGAGGCGGCCUUUGAGGGCUACAACGCCUGCGUGUUGGCCUACGGUCAGACGGGCUCCGGGAAGUCCUACACCAUGAUGGGGAAUCCGGGAGACGCGGGAUUGAUCCCGCGGAUCUGCGAGGCCUUGUUCGGCCGCGUCGCUGACGCCGCUCGGCGGGACGAAGCUUCUUUCCGCGCGGAAGUCAGCUACCUGGAGAUCUACAAUGAGCGCGUGCGGGAUCUUCUGAGGAGGAAGUCGGCUCAGGCGUCCAACCUGAGGGUCCGGGAGCACCCCAAGGACGGACCCUACGUCCAAGAUCUGUCCAAGCAUCUGGUGCAGAACUACGGCGACGUGGAGGAGCUGAUGGAGGCGGGAAACGUCAAGCGGACCACCGCCAGCACCGGCAUGAACCACGUCAGCAGCCGCUCGCACGCCAUCUUCACCGUCAACUUCACGCAGGCCAAGUUUGACGCGGAGAUGCCCAGCGAGACGCUGAGCAAGAUCCACUUGGUGGAUCUGGCCGGCAGCGAGCGCGCCGACGCCACCGGCGCCGCCGGCGUUCGCCUCAAGGAAAGCGGCAACAUCAACAAGUCGCUCGUCACGCUGGGCAACGUCAUCUGCGCCUUGGCCGACCUUUGCGGCGACGCCGACGCCAACGGCGGCCAGAAGCGCAAGUCGGUGUUCGUGCCCUACCGAGACUCGGUGCUGACGUGGCUGCUGAAGGACAGCCUGGGCGGCAACUCCAAGACCAUCGUGAUCGCCACCGUGUCCCCCGCCGACGUCAACUACGGCGAGACGCUCAGCACGCUGCGCUACGCCAACCGGGCCAAGAACAUCAUCAACAAGCCCACCGUCAACGAGGACGCCAACGUCAGGCUGAUCCGAGAACUGCGGGCGGAGAUCGCGCGCCUCAAGGAUCUGCUGCUUCGGGGCGACCGGACGGCUCUGCUGGACUCGCCCACCGCGCUCAGCGUGGAGGAGAAGCUGCAGCGGAACCAAGCCAAGGUGCUGGCGCUGACCAAGGAGUGGACCAACAAGUGGAACGAGACGCAGAACAUCCUCAAGGAGGAGACGCUGGCGCUGCGCAAGGAGGGCAUCGGCGUGGUCCUGGACUCGCAGCUGCCGCACCUCCUCGGCAUCGACGACGACCCGCUCAGCACCGGCGUGGUCCUCUACCGCCUCAAGGAGGGACGAACGUACGUGGGCAGGGAGGACGCCGCCACCCAGCAGGACAUCGGUACGCCGCCAAAACCGCACACUUGCGCCGUCACGCCGGAGAGCGUGCGGUCAGGGGAGGCGGUCGUUCGCGGCGCCGGCGUGGAGAGCGAGCACUGCGCCUUUGAGAACCGCGGCGGCACGGUGACGCUGGUGCCGCUGCCCGCCGCGCUCUGCUCCGUCAACGGGACCGACGUGGCCGCGCCCACGCGGCUCACUCAAGGCGCCGUCAUCCUGCUGGGCCGGACCAACACGUUCCGCUUCAACCACCCCAAAGAGGCGGCUCGGCUGCGCGAGAAGCGCAAGGUCAGCCCCGCCCCCUCGCCCGCCGUCUCCGCCCACGCGGCGACACCGCCGCCACCGUCUCUCGCCCGCCCCCGCCGGAGCGGCCCGUCGCCCACCUUCGACCCGUCCGACAUCGGCGAGGCGCUCACGGGGGCCGUCGGCGGAGACGGAGGGGGGGCCGCAGACGCCGAACCCCUCCCCGGGCCGGACCCCGGCGAGAGGAGAUCGGCGGAGGAGCUUCGGGGCGGCUCCCUCGCCGAGCCCCCUCGCCGUCCCGCCGUCCGCGUCGACAUCCCCCGCUACGUCCUCAGAGGUCAGGGCAAGGACGAGCACUUUGAGUUCGAGGUCAAGAUGAGCGUGGAGGACGAGACGUGGACGGUGUUCCGUCGCUACAGUCGCUUCCGAGAGUUGCGCAAGAGGCUCAGCUGCAAAUAUCCGCAGCUGGCCGCUCUGGAAUUCCCUCCCAAGAAGAUCUUUGGAAACAAAGACGAAAGAGUGGCGGCCGAACGCAGGAAUCAGCUGGAGCGCUACCUGCGGAGCGUGUUUGCGGUGAUGUCGACGUCGGGCUCCCCGCUGUGCGACGACCCGUCGGACGACGCCGAGCUCGCCCGUCCCGUGUCCAAGCGUUCCGUGUGCGAGUUGUCGCCCUUCUUCAAGAAAGGCGUCUUUGAGAGCGGCCGCCACGGAACCGGCUGACGGCCUUCGGCUGGCCGCUAACGUUGCCUGAAAAGCGCGCAUGAGCGCGCGCGCUAGCUGCUGGUUAGCAUGUUUUGCCGCACGGGAAAACAAGUCGGUGGAAUUUGCAAGCAACUUUGGAUUUUUUACCGCCUCCACUUCCUGUUUAUCCGGUGAAAUAAAAUGCAACGCAAAAGGCAGGACGCACAUCUACAGUUGCUGGAGGAAAA